AUGGCGGACCCGAUCAGCAUCGUUGGGCUCGCAUUGACGGUCGUACAGAUUCUCCGUACAGCAGUUAAACAGUUGAAAGAUGCGUACUCCAAGGGAGGCAGCAUUCAUCAGACCCUGGACGAACUCCGAGCCGAUUUAGAGGCUGUUUGCGACCUGAUUGAUAACAUACAUUGCGUUCUCAGCACCCCGAACUUCGUCGCUGCGGUGGAAGAAGUGCAAGGCGCGUCGCAGGCCAACUUGCUAGAAUGUCUUCAACGAACUCUUCAAAGCUGCGAGCGCGAGGCCCAAAGACUCUGCAAUUUCAUCUUCGAUCUUGAUAUCUCAGGGGCUACGGGCCGCCUAAGGCAGGGCGUGCUUCAGUUCAAGCUUGAUAGACGCUCGGACGACCUGCAACACAUCAAGCGCAACUUGCAAGAUCAUAAGAGCUCAAUGCUUUUAGCAAUUCAGUUCAUCACAACUUGCAACGACAUGCAGGUUGUUGAACGGAAUGCUCUUGACUUCGCAACUCUGAAAGCUCAAGCUCUUGAUGUCGCAGCCGAUGUCGCAGCCAUGAGAGCUCAAAUCAGAAAACAGGGGGAGAUAUUAGAGCAAUUAGCGAAAUUGCUCAACGAACGACUGGCAUCACCAGGAGAUAAAGAGCAGACAGUGCUGCUGAGUGAAAUGCGAGAGUUCCAGCACAGAUCUAUUAGAGUCCGACGUCAAGCCACCAUGCGACUCGACCAGAUUACGUCUAUACUCGAGGAGACGCAGAGCUCACCUCCUAUGGCUGACAGGACCCGCCCUCCUGUACCACCGCGAAGGGUUGGCAAGGACCUCCAAACACCGCCUGCAGGGUUUGACCCGCGAAUUGACCAAACCUCAACCUCAAAAGUACCGUCAACGCCAACGACCCCAAGAGUGGAGCAACGCGUUGCAAGCAUGCCUGCCACCCCGAUCCCAACGGCAAUCCCGCGUAUGAACGCCUUGAACCCGGAAACGAACAAGUCGGCCUCACCAGCGCUAUUUGUCGCGCGUCAUGUAGACAUGACUACGACUAGUGGACAGUUAGAUGCUGAAGACUUCGAGGAGAGAGUAUCGUCACUUUUAUCGACCGCGUCCACCCAGCGUAUGGGCAACGAGAAGCCAUACAACGACGAGAUUAUUCUGGCGCUCGGCGAAUUACUCGCGAUGCUUGGGAAGCAUGACUGGAGUGUACGGCCACGGUUGUAUCUCGUUCUCCGGAUGAUCGACGAAGUACGAGCGAUGAAUAUGCUCAUUAUCGAAGGAUUCAAGGAUAUUCACUUCCCUUUCACUGAAGUCGACCUCACUCCCAGUCUCAAAUCCGCUGCUUCCAGGAAAGACUUUCUUCGGCAACAACGGUUCGUACUUAGCUCAAGAUCAGUCGAUCUGGUACAAGGAGGUCGUCAUCAUCACCUCGGUAAGCUAUACUUCUAUACACCGUUCGCUGCCCAGGUGCUGACUUUCGCCAGACAAAGGUGCAGAAUCUUACUUCGUCAUCAUGGAGCAGCUUGGAAAAGGCGGCUUCAGCAUCGUCCAUCGUGCUCGAAGCAGGAUUGA